CCAUUGUGAACUUGAACUUGAUGGCAGUCGGUGUCCAUUAUGACCAGCGAGAGCGCGCACCGUCGGGAGCGCGCACGGUGUAGUGCAUCAGCCCUGCUGCAGUUUCACUGAGGUUCAAGGGGAAAGAUGGCGAUGUGCGCGACGCUCAGGCGCUUUUCCAGCAACCUUUCACUAGUUUUGCCCACUCUAACUAGAUCCGUGGGGCACCAGAUAGUAAGAAGGACGAACAGAUCUCUUUCACGGACUUUCUGCACGACCUCCUGGCUUUCACAAGCUCUCAAGUUUACAGACAAACAUGAGUGGGUCCGAGCAGACGGAGAUAUCGGUACAGUCGGCAUCAGCGCUUUUGCUCAGGAAGCUUUAGGUGAUGUGGUGUACUGCGGAUUGCCGGAGGUUGGAACAAAGCUUCAGCCGAUGGAGGAAUUCGGUGUGUUAGAAAGUGUGAAGGCGGCUAGUGAGCUGUACUCACCUCUGAGUGGAGAAGUCACUGAAAUCAACACGGAACUGACCGAGAAUCCUGCACUAGUCAACUCGUCCUGCUACGAGCGUGGAUGGUUAAUAAAGAUGACGAUAGAAAAUCCUGCAGAACUGGAAGCCCUUAUGGAUGAAGCUGCUUAUGAAAAAUACGUCAAGUCACUUGAGUAGUUUAAGUGAAUUACACGUUAAACUCAUUUUUUCUUUAUGGAUCAGAUUGCAACAGAUUUUAAUGCUAAGAGCCCGAUGCUAAUUCCUGUGAUUCUGGAGAUUGUACUAAGAGAAGUUUAAGUCUUAAGAGUUCGAGUGAUAUUUUUCACUAAAUCAUUGCUGGUGUGAGAGAAAUGAGGUUUUAAUACAGAUUUGUCUGAGUGAAACAGUGGAGGUACAGCAUCCCUGAGUGUUUACAUAAAUAUGUAACAUUGGAGAUUUAUUCGAAGUUAAAUAAGAAUUAAUUCUUGGUUUAAAAAAAAAACAAAAACGACAAAACCUGUGAAAGUUUAUGUCCAGAGGAUUUUUAUUUUUAUUAUAAUGACCUUUAAUGGAAAGACACCAGUGGGGUCACCUCAAAAAAGCUUACUGUGUAAACCCCGGAGCAUUACUUUUGGAUAUUAAUCUUUUGAUAAUAAACAUCAGUUAUGAUCAAUAAGAAACA